UCCGCGGUCACACUGCUGGCGCUCCAAUUACCAUUUUGCAUUGUGUUCGUUCGUUUCGUGUUUUUUUUUUUGUUGUUGUUAAAAUGGCUGAUACAAAGGGCUUUUCCAGCAUCGAGACGCCCGGCUAUGUGGGCUUUGCCAAUCUGCCCAAUCAAGUGCAUCGCAAGUCGGUGAAAAAGGGCUUCGAGUUCACGCUGAUGGUGGUGGGUGAGUCCGGUUUGGGCAAGUCCACGCUGGUCAACAGUUUAUUUCUGACGGAUCUAUACCCGGAACGCAUCAUACCCGAUGCCAUAGAGAAACAAAAGCAAACAGUCAAGCUGGAGGCAUCGACGGUGGAAAUUGAGGAGCGCGGUGUCAAGCUGCGACUCACUGUUGUCGACACACCCGGCUUUGGUGACGCCAUUGACAAUUCCAACAGCUUCAGUGCCAUACUCGAGUACAUCGAUGAGCAGUACGAGCGCUUCCUGCGCGACGAAAGCGGCCUCAAUCGUCGCAACAUUGUGGACAAUCGCAUACACUGUUGCUUCUACUUUAUAUCGCCCUUUGGGCACGGCCUGAAGCCAUUGGAUGUGGAGUUCAUGAAGAAGCUUCACUCCAAGGUGAACAUUGUGCCCGUUAUUGCCAAAGCCGAUUGCCUCACCAAAAAGGAGAUAUUGCGGCUCAAGUGCCGCAUUAUGCAGGAGAUUGAGGGCCAUGGCAUCAAGAUUUAUCCACUGCCAGACUGUGAUUCCGAUGAGGAUGAAGACUACAAGGAGCAAGUGAAGCAACUGAAGGAAGCUGUGCCUUUUGCCGUCUGCGGCGCCAAUACACUACUCGAGGUCAAGGGCAAAAAGGUGCGCGGCCGUCUCUAUCCCUGGGGUGUGGUCGAGGUCGAGAAUCCCGAUCACUGUGAUUUCAUAAAGCUGCGCACAAUGCUGAUCACCCACAUGCAGGACCUGCAGGAGGUAACGCAGGAGGUGCACUAUGAGAAUUAUCGCUCCGAUCGCCUGGCCAAAGGCAUUAAGGUCAAGGAGAAUGGCAUCAAGCAGGAGCGUGACAACAAUGUGAAUGCUCAGGCACAGGCCAAUAAUGCGCUCUCGGAAAAGGAUCGCAUACUGCAGGAGAAGGAGGCGGAGCUGGCACGCAUGACGGAAAUGCUUGCACAAAUGCAGGCACGCAUGCAAGCGCAGCAUUGAAGCGUUUUCCAACACCUACACUUACACACCUACAUCUUAAAAAUCAAGCAGCGAAUUGCACGCCAAUGUGCAAUCGUUUAGUUUAUACACAACAACAACAACAAAAACAAAAACAUAUAUAUAUAUAUAUUUUGUACGCAGAUUUAAUUAAGUUGCGCUCGCGCUUGACUAUAUAUUCUCAACUGUAAAACGAAUGGCGCUAAAAGUAUUUUGUAUUAAUUUUUUGCAUUCAUCAUAUACAUUACAUAUUUGUAUGUACAAUGAAUAUCAAUAUAUAGUACAUAGUUAUAUAAACACACACACAAAACCACAGGCGAGCAAGCGAUGUAAUUGUUUACCCACAAAAAUGCUCAUCAAAACGCGUACACAAAAUGGCCGCAAAAGUUCUCUUCAUAUCACACACACACACACAAAGAAACACUCCUAAAAGUCGAACAUGAAUUAACUGUAUUCCUACUAUGUAUUUAGACAUGACUUUGUCGAUAUUAACCAUGGAUUAUUGCACACUGUAUUUGCAUUUAGAUUAAGUUAUAGUAUACCCAACCCCCUCGCCCCCUGGCCCCCUGGCCACUCAUCAUCCAAUUUUAUUGUAUGUUACUCGACACACAUUUUGUAUCGUCUUUAUAGCCGCUCUGAUCUUCCGUAUUAAGCGUUUUUUAUUUAGGUUACAGCUGUUGGUCGUCCCUCGUUUUGGUGUUCGAGCUAUGGCACCCUGUUCAGCACCCUGUCGCCUGCAUCCUAUGCACAAUUUGACUGCUCAAAACGUGAUCGUUAAAGUACUUGAAGCUCUUUAAAGUGAUUGAUCCCCCUCCUAGCUGACAUGGACAAUGGACACCGAACCAUAGUUGCGAGCGCGAAUUCGAAGCACGAGUCGGGGUGGCACGUGGGUCACGUGCACUCUCGAAAGUGAAAACCAAAAUGUGAAAUCUCUUAUUUUUAUAAUUAUAUGUGAACUAUUUUACCCAACAAAAGAACUAUUCGCUAUGACUACACUUAUAUUCUCUACAAGGUGCGUUCCACACUAAACGGAACAUCUUACAAAA